CAGUUAGUCGAGUGUCUUCCUCGCGCCUUGAUUGUCAACGCAUAGCAUGUUUGAUCGUGUCGAAAGUUGAAACAUGUCACGGCUGCCUAAGGCGCCCUAGGCACGACCGGUAGGAGCUCUCAACGUGUCGCAGACCACAACUUCCUUCCACCUUUCAUGAUUGAAAUGCCACCACAAACAAAACUAUUAAUCCUAACACGUCAUUCCCACAACUCGCUACGGUCUGGCAUCAGGCUUCUUUCAGGACAUGGACUCACCAAUCGAGAUUAAAGAUGACUUCAAACUUCUUACUCCCACCGAACAAUCUGAAGCAAUGGCCGAUCUCAUAGCACAGUUCGCCGACCAAAUGCUCGACAACAACAAACGUGUUUUCUCUCGUGUGCUAGAUACUAUUGGCGCUACAGACACAAAAGGCCAGAAGACCCUGCAUCUGGAUAUGCUAGCGACACACCUGGCAAUGGAAACACCGGAAAUCUUAGAAGUCAAGUCGUGGAAUAGUGAUGAUCUCGACUUACCAAACACCAUCACCUCUGUAGAUGACUUCAGAGCUCAGUCUUGCCUAGGCAAUAUACCAGGUACCCAUCCGUGGAAGUCAGGUUCAAGCGACUACGUCACAGGUUUUCUACAGAGCCUUGAGUCUGCUGUACGCAAGAACGCUUCGAGAGAGUUGCUCGGCGACGCAGCAGAAACUCUCGAAUUGCCAGCUCCAUUUUGCGAGUUCUUUAAGCAUACGGGAGGAGUGACUUAUUCGAACCUCGACCGUCAAAUGUUUGUUUGUAGCUUCGGAGACACGAUUUCCAGUGCUCAAGAGCAGGCACAGCCACUGGAAAAGAUGUGCGAGCGCGCCCCUUCGUUUGGCUUUGAAGUUGCCGCAGGAUGGAAGGCCGGCGACAACGAUCAGAAUUCUUGGAUACACUAUCUGCUUUGCAAAGGAGUCGAUGAGCCGGAUGAACCGCGGGAGUGGAGAAUCUUUAUCAACAACAUCAAUUUCCAGGAUUUUGGAUAUUACGAUACUCUUGGUGAUUUUCUUGUUUGGUAUUCCGGUGCUUUUGAUUGGGUGGAUUGGGAUGCUGUUCAGAGUCACGUGGACGAUCUUUGUGAGAAGUGUAAGAGGGUCCUGGAGGUGGACGAGGGAUGAGGACAACCACCUGCAGGUACAAUUAUAAGUUAUACACAGCUCGGGUUGCAGAAAAGUUUGCGUUGGAGAACAAGCACAUAUGUCCUUUUUUUCCGCUCCAACUCAAGACGAUGCUUCGAACUCAUGCACCUUGACUCUCUGCGAUCAUAUAUGUAUAACCAGAAAAAAACAUGAAAACACGAAACAGAAGCUUCUUGAGAUAUUGCUAGCAAAGGGAAUAAUC